AUUUAAAAAAGAAAAAUAAAUGAUUUUUUAAAGGAAAAGACGAUAAAACCCCCAAUAUUACCUAGCAUAAAAUUAGUAUGGUAAUUAAGCACAAUUAAGGUUAAUUACAGAUAACAGGGGGCGGUGGAAUUAGAAAACUGAAAAAACCCAAAAAUUCAACUAUUGUUGGUCGGCUCUGGCCGCGAGUUCUUCGUCUUCUCGACACUGGUCACUCCUUUCAAUUCGGUUCAAUCAAUUCGUAAACAUUACCAAUUGAGCAAAUAAACCCCGACCCGAACCCGAAACCAAAUGUACGGCGGCUCAAAGAUGGGUCGCGGCGGCGGCGGCGGGGGAAGUGCCGGAAAAAGGAACAUUCACGCGCCUCCUAUCAACCGCAGCGCCCCCGCCGGCCGCCUCUCUGUGGGCGGUGGUCCUCGCGGCCGCGGCGGCGCAUCUUCAGCUGCGAUAUCACCUCCAUCAACAUCUUCGUUGCAGUUGGAGGAGAGUUUUAGCCUUGUUAGGGAGAAUCCUUUGAGUUUCGGGAUGGCAAUAAAGCUGACGCCCGACCUCUUGGAGGAGAUCAAGCGCGUGGAGGCACAAGGUGGCACGGCGCGUAUGAAAUUCGAUGUGAAUGCCAAUAAUCCUAAUGAGAAUGUUAUUCACGUAGGGGAUAAGAACUUCAAGUUUACAUGGUCAAGGGAACCAGGGGACCUUUGUGACAUAUAUGAAGAACGUCAAAGUGGUGAAGAUGGAAAUGGCUUGCUUGUAGAAUCAGGUGGCACUUGGCGUAAGCUAAGUGUGGAGCGAGAAUUAGAUGAAUCUACUAAAAAUCACGUGAAAAGGCUGUCAGAAGAAGCUGAACGCAAGCAUAAAUCACGAACAUCCAUUGUCUUAGACGGUCAAAACCCAUCUGUGAAGAAUCAAAGAAAGCCAGAGUCCAAUCAUUGGAGUAGCAAUAACAAGAAAGAGCCUCCUUACAAGAAGCCAAAAUCUGGACCACCUGCAGGUGGACCGCCUAAGCCUCUCUAUAAGUCUGGUUUAUCUACAACAACUAUUUCAAAGGUUAAGCCCUCUUCUGGGUCACCUUUGUCUUUGCAAUCAGACCAACAUGGUGCUCCAGCAACUCCAAUUGGAAGUGUCAAUCUCGUGAAGGGACAUCCGAGCGUACCAGAUUGUACACCUGCUCAAAAUAUGAAUAAAACUGCUGUCUCAGACAAAGAAAUGCAAAGCAAGCUGCCAGGUAGUGCUAACCAUGAUAAAUCUAAACACAAUCGGAACACGGAGGCCAAACCUACUGACUUAAGAAGUUUGAUAAUUUCUCUUCUUCUGGAGAAUCAGUCCAAGGGAAUGAGCCUUAAGGCUUUGGAAAAAGCCAUUGGAGAUGCUAUGCCUAAUUCUGUCCGGCAAAUGGAGCCCAUCUUGAAGCAAAUUGCAAAUCUUCAAGCUCCUGGGAGAUAUUUCUUGAAACCAGGAGUGGAGAUGGACAGCUUUAAGAAGCCACCUUCUCAAAGUGGAAGGUCUCCAGAAAUAAACCGUCAACAAUCACAUGCCCGCCAGAAGUUUGAUAAACUUCCUGCUCAAGAUCCCUUUUCCACCAAAACAACGGACAACAAUGAAGAACAUGAUAAAUUGGAUACAACGCCUUUACAUACAGUCGAUGGCGUAGAGAAGAUUGAUAUACUACACAGUUCACCAGAGCAGUUUAGUGAGAAAAAAGUUUCCAACAUUACCGCAGGCAAGGCAGGCAGCUCUAGUGAUAGUGGUAGUGACAGCGACACUGACAGUGAUAGUAGUGACAGUGGCAGUGAUAGUGGAAGUCAUAGCCGAAAAAGUCGAAGCCCAGUGGGUAGUCAGAGUGGGAGUAGUAGCGAUAGUGAUAGUGAUGCAUCUUCCAGCAGCAAGCAGGCAUCUGAUGAAGAUGUUGAUAUUAUGACAAGCGAUGAUGACAAAGAAUCGAAGCAUAAAUUGCGAAAUUCUGAACCCGUCACUUCAAAAUCCCCUGUUCAAUGGAGUCACCCAGAUAAUGAAUCUGUCGAUAUAGGAAAUUAUGAUGAUCAUGUCUCUGGUGUGGUUGAGAUUGAGAAAGACUCACCUGAAGAUGACCAUGGUGCUGAAAGGCCUGCAUCUUCUUACUUAUAUCCUAAUAAAGAAGGUGAAGCAACUGUUGAAGCGCCUGUUGAAGAGAUCAAAACUUCUUCAACUCAUCAUCAAGAACAAGAAAGACAAGUCUAUGACAAAAAAACAUAUGAUGGACCAGACACUGUGGUCAAUGAUGGCUUCAAACAUGGUCAGCCUGUUAAUCACGAAAAAUCAUCAAAAUCCAAAUCUAAAAGACGAAAUGACGGUAAGCACUCUGACGAGAGGGCUCACAGCAAAAAGAAGUUGAAGAGAAAAAACUCGAGUCAACCGGUUUCUGGAACGAUAAACUCAAUUUUCGGUGAUAGUCCUUAUAACUCAUCACCCGAUAGGCCUCUACAAGUCCCCGACAAGGGGGGCAUCAAUGUAAUGGGAAACAGAAUGACUAGUGAUGGUACUAGCAAUCCCAAUUCGCAAACAGGUUAUAACCAAGUAACUCCCACUAGGUUUGCAUCUGAUUCUCAGCUGCCAGGUCAAAGAUCAUUUGAAGCCCGUAGUGCUAAGCACUCUGAAAGAAGCCCUCAAACCAAUAAGGGUAUGCAGAUCCAGAAAGGAUUUAACACAGAGGCACGAAGUGAAGAUGGUUUGGGUGGCGAGACAAGACCAGUGAAACUUUCGGUGGAAGGUGUUGCAGACAAACAUGCAGCAGUGAAGGACUCGCAUUACAGAAAACCUGAUUCUCUGGGGAGGGUAAAGGAGGCUGUCCCUCAUUCUAACUCAUACAUGAGGUAUUCUCCCAAGGAUAACAAUAUUAAUAUGACGGAUAAAUCUCCACCAAUGAAUGGUCGGGGUGGACGUGUACUACAGAGAGAGCUUUCAGAGUUGGAGUUGGGUGAAUUUCGAGAACCCUUCCAUGAAGAAACCGCUGGGCCUAAGAAGCAAAUCGAGAGGAAAAGUACUUCCAAGCAAUUGGAAAACAAUCCAAUGGAUUCAGAAUACUGGAACUCAGAUUUCGGUAAAGGAAAAGGGUCUAAAAAGGUCACUGCAGAUCCGGGAAAAUUGCCCCCAUUAAAUUCAGUAGCAGUAAUUUCUGGCAUUCCAGAUGGACCAUCUAAAAAGAGGAAGGCUCCAGAAAUUCAUAUCGAUAAAAGCACUCGAUCUCUGGACCAGCAUCAUCAAUCAUGGGGAGAUCAUAUUGAAGUUGGCUCCCAGCACAAUAAAGUUCCAGAAACGAGUGGUAAAAGUAGAUUUGCUGAAGCUGGAACUGGUCGGGGGGCAAGCUUGGAAGCUAAUGGAGAUACUUCUAGAAAAGUGUCUGUUACUUCAACAGAGCAGCCAAAUGAUCUUGUACGAGGAGUUGCUCGUCAUACGGCAAAAGAGAGCAAGAAGCAGAAGCCCAAUUUGGUAGGUGAUUCAAAUGAUAGACGGAAAAGUGCUUCUUUGACAGUUAACAACGAUGGAGGUCAAAAAAGGAAAGAACCUUCUUCAGAUGACAACAGUUGUUCGUACACCAAAUAUGAGAAGGAGCAGCCUGAGCUGAAAGGUCCAAUUAAGAAUGCCUCUCAGUACAAAGAAUAUGUGAAGGAAUUUCAAGAGAAGUAUGAGAGCCAUUGCUCCUUGAACAAGAUCUUGGAAACUUACAGGGAUGACUUCAGCAAACUCGGGAAGGAUCUUGAGUCUUUCAAAGGCAGGGAUAUGAAGAGAUACCAUGAUAUCUUGGAGCAGAUGAGGUCAUCAUUUCGUCAAUGUGGGGAGAGACAUAAACGGCUGAAGAAAAUAUAUGUCGUGCUCUAUGAAGAAUUGAAGCAUUUGAAACAGAUGAUUAAAGACUAUGCCGCAUCAUACAGAAAGGACUGAUUUAUAUACCACCAUUGCCUGUUGGAAUAACCUUUACAUUCGAUUUGGAAGUAAUACAACACCAGGGGAUUUUAUUCCUUGAGUAUUAUUUACGAGAGUUUCACACUAAAACCCGGCACCCACGAAGUUUUCGACUCUGGCAUCCAUUUUUAAGAAGAUGGUUGGUAAUAGCCUGUGUUGCAAGUGGAUGAAAAGUUGCGGUGGAUGAAGGUGGGACCCCACAAUGGUGGUGUGAGUUAUUUAUAGCAAUACUGAAAGAACGAAAAAUCGGGAAUCAGUUUUGGGAUAUAACCUAAUGUGUAUAUAGGUCUUGUACAAUAUUAUUACCAUGGCUUUUCAUGGUACAUUUGUAUUUUAUUGUUCUUGUGGUUUCUUGAGUCAGGUGGUACUUACUGUACAAGGCUUUUCUUUAUCACUGACUUAGCAAGUUACUGAAUAAUGUAUCUAUCGUGAGUUGUGCCAAUUUUGAGUUUUGACAUUUCUAAAUUGUAUUAUUAGUUGACAUUACCUGUAUAAAAUUAUUUUUUAUUGAAUAUUUAUAU